AUGUCUCAAUCAAACGUCGGUUACCCUUCUUCGUAUGAGGGCGGAGACCAGCGCCACUAUAGCAGGGAGGAAGUUCGUGAGGAGGGUCGCACGCACCCCAACGUCAAUACCGAGGGAUACCUACAUAAAGAGGGAAUCGUGAAUGAGCUCAAAGAGUCCGAUACCAACAGGAUAGUUGCAGACCGCAUGAAGCAUGAACCAGGUUUCGCAGCCACCAUGCACGGCAACAGGCCCUCUCGCGGUGCCGAAAUUGACGCUGACCUCGCACGAGAAGAUGCAGAGCAGCUUGAAAAGAAGAAGGGCAAGACCGACAGUCUACCUGGAAAGAAGAUGGAACACAAUACCACCAAGAGCGAGUGGGAACAGCAGAUGGACCAAGAGGAAGAAGAGGCUCGCGCUAAGCAUAGCAGCCGUUAA